CAAGCGUUACAAAAGCCAGCGAGUGUCAUGGGUUUUCCUUACCAGUGUGCUAGUGUUGCGUUAGCUUGUUAGCUAGCUCUGAAUGUUGGAUUUGCAGCCGGUGUUUUGGCUCAAACGUUUAAAACAAACUUGGAAAAUUAAACGUUUCCCUAAUAAGACUACGACUUCGAUAUGUGUAACGUUAAGAAGAGGCUUGGUGGCAUUCCCUUCCUCUUAUCUGCUACUUCACAACAGAUCCAAUGUCUACAGGAUACCUGCGUUCCUCGCAAAUUCCCCGCAGGUGUCUUGGUCACCCCUUCUGCAGGCAAGGUAUUUGUCAGGGGAGAAAGGCAGUGGCAGAAAAGGUUUCCUGGGAGAGUUUCUGGACAACCUGAAGCAGGAGCUAAACAAGAGCAAGGAGAUGAAAGAAAAUAUCAGGAAGUUCCGGGAAGAGGCCAAAAAGCUGGAGGAGUCAGAUGCAUUGAAACAAGCUCGAAGAAAAUAUAAAAAUAUAGAGUCUGAAACGGUGAAGACAUCUGAGCUUCUCAAGAAGAAGUUAGGAAACAUCUCUGAAACGGUUAAAGAGGGAAUAGAAGAGGUCAGUCGAACAGAAAUUGGGAAGAAAAUCAAAGAGGGAAUGGAGGAAGCAGCCAAAACAGCUAAGACUUCUGCAGAGUCUGUCUCUAAAAGCGGAGAGAUGUUGGGGAAGACUGGUGCGUUCAGAGCAUUAUCUCAGGGCAUGGAGAGUGUGAAAAAAGAGAUUGGUGACCUCGGUCACACCGGCCCUUAUCGGCCUCCUGCCACACUGAGGAAGAGGAGUGAGUUUUCCUCCAAGGGGGCAGGGGAUGACGGCAGAGUCUUCGAAGCCAAUGAGGAAGCUAUGGGUGUAGUGCUUCACAAGGAUUCAAAAUGGUACCAACAGUGGAAGGACUUCAAAGACAACAAUGUGGUCUUCAACAGGUUCUUUGAGAUGAAGAUGAAGUACGAUGAGAGUGACAAUGCCUUUAUCAGAGCAUCUCGUGCUGUUACUGACAAGAUGACCGACCUCAUAGGCGGACUGUUUUCUAAAACGGAAAUGUCUGAAGUACUAACAGAGAUUUUGAAAGUGGAUCCGUCCUUUGACAGAGAUUCUUUCCUUAAGCAGUGUGAACGAGAUAUCAUCCCCAAUAUAUUGGAGGCGAUGGUCAGAGGGGAGCUGGAUGUACUAAAGGACUGGUGUUAUGAAGCGACAUACAGCCAGCUGGCACACCCAAUUCAGCAAGCCAAGGCCAUGGGACUUCAGUUCCACUCCAAGAUCCUGGAUGUUGACAACAUUGAUUUGGCGAUGGGGAAGAUGAUGGACCAAGGUCCGGUAUUGAUUAUCACCUUCCAGGCCCAGUUAGUCAUGGUGGUUCAAAACACCAAAGGAGAGGUGGUGGAGGGAGACCCUGAUAAAGUGCUGAGAAUGAUGUAUGUGUGGGCUCUGUGUCGGGACCAGGAGGAGCUCAAUCCAUAUGCUGCCUGGAGACUACUUGACAUCUCUGCCUCUAGCACUGAACAGAUCCUCUAAGACUCUUUGAUAUGCACAAGACAUACUCACCCAGGGAGAGAACACACUGUACCUGAACAGGUGCUGGUCCUGGAUGGGAUGAAACAGGGGAAGGAAGGCAUGUGAAGAUGGGGGACAGACAAGUGGCGCAGGGGCUCUCUUCACAACAGAAACAUUAUGGAGAAGUGCUGCUAAACACUUGGUGCUUCACUGUCUCAUUUUCACUACACUGGCUUUAUGUUCAGUCACUGCAGUCCUGACGGGGUUCUUUGAAUGCUUAACACCAUUCCUCAGAUUUACACUAGGGGGCGGUAAAUUACCAAGAACUGUUAUCCACUGUACUUUGUCCAGGACCUGCAUGAUGCCUUUUUAUUGAAUCAGUAUGAUGCCUUGUAGCUGAUGUUGGCAUUUAAGGGAUAACUGAAGUUAACUUAAAUUUAGCUCUUUUACUAUAAAUAUAAAAAAGCGAUGACGUGGACAUCAGGAGAGUAUUCGUGUACACAAGCCCUUCAUCUUCAGGUUGUUUUUCGUUUCUUAUCAGUCCCUUCAUACUCUGUCUUCAUCUCUGAGGCAAGGUGUUAUCUUGGUGGUGGUGUGGCCAAACAGAGCUCUCCUCAAUCCUUGUUUGUCAGAUGAUUGUCCGAUGUAAUUGUUAAUCUGUGCAAAAGUUUAUAUUUAUUAUGAAAAAUAAAGAUAGCCCCUGUUUUUCACGCUAGCAAACAUUAUUGAAAAUAAUUUUUUUAUCAGAAGAAUUUAACUACUUUGUAUAUGGCAAAGCUUGCCUUCAGGUCUUGAAGAUAUGUAGUCUUUCUAGGGCAGUUGCUAGUUUUCUUUUUUUAAUAUGUUAAAUCCUCCGGUGGGAUUUGAGUGAUUGCUGUGCUAUUUAGUUUGGGGUGAAUCCAGCCUUAAAAUCUGUGUUUAUGAAGCUCAAAAUGUUUCAGUGUUUGGUGAAAUUGUCAUAAAUGUACAAGUUCAAUUAUAUUAGGAUGCAGAGGAGCAUGCAGCAUAAACUUUGACAGGCAGUAGGGAGGCUGCAUGUUGUGUGUGUGUGUGUGUGUGUGUGUGUGUGUGGAUGAAGACCAGCAGCUCCACUGUUCCAGCACUGUCCUAGAUAAUGGAUCCUCUCUGUUGCUGAGCUGUGCUGAGGUUGCAGACCCCCAAAGUGGUGCUCAUUGCUCAGGAUGCAACCCCUCAACUCACACACAUACACACACACUCACACUACCCUUGAAAUGGGUAUUCAGUGCAGCCACCCAGGAGAAUUCACAGCCUGGAACUGUGGUCAGCUGGAUUGUGUUACCUACUGAGUAAGACAAGUUCUGACUCACAUGCUUGUGAAUUUGCAUCAGUCUUUUACACUGAUUUCAUUUGAUUUAUUUGCAUUCUUCCAAAACCAUGUGAUAAUGAAGUAGUCUUUUCAUUUGUGCGCUGGCACACCAAAAGACUGAGUCACUUUUGGUUCCUGUCAUUGUUACAGUAUGAUAUUCUGUUACUGCAGUUUCCACCAGCGUCUGUUAUAAAAGGUGUUUCUUAUUGGUGCUUUCAAACUUAAAUCACACAGAUUUGUUUUCAAAAAUUCAAAAAU